CUCCCAUGAUCGCAACGUACUGUGGAUGGACCCCCCACGGAGAUUCUCGCCUAUUCGUUGAAUGACUUGAGCUCCAUAUGUCGCCUCAGCCUUGACAAGAUGGUGCUCCUGCAAACCUCCCUGAUCUGGGUUGUAUAUGCAAUUGUGGUUGCCAUUUUGAUCCUGGCGGCAUCGUUUCUAAUAUAUACUUACCAGACUCCUCGAGACCGGUCUAAUCUAGUGACUUUGACAUGUAUUGCUGCCAUCUCCACCCUCCUCGCCACUGUUCUCUUGCUUCCAGUCGAUAUCGCCCUUGUCUCCUCCACAACCUCCUCGGCACUUGGUCGGAGGAAGGAAUGGGCUACUCAGACCGAAAUAGAUAGGAUUCUCUUCUCCUUGAAAAUCUUAUACUACCUGCUAUAUUCCAUUGACGCCCUUCUUUGUCUUAUUGUGGUUCCCUUCACGUAUUUUUGGUAUGAAGAGUACGAUGAAGUGGCUGCCCAGGCGGGCGAGCAAACAGCCGCACAGCAAUUCUGGGCGGCUUCAAAGUACACAAUGUCGUUCAUUGCAAUAUCAGUCGUUCUAUUCCUCGUCGGCUUUUUUGUGCCUGUCGCAAAAGAAGGUGCGGAUGGCUUGGACUUCUUCAAGCACUUGCUGUCGGAAAAUCGCGGCGAACGGACCCUUACCUUCGCACUUGGAUUGCUGAUAACUCUCGGCAUGUUCUUGUACAUUUUCUACACCUCGUUUGGACUUGCUUUUCUCCCGGUUAGUUUGAUGAGAACCACGCCAUCUUUCUCGGCCCCAUAUUUUAGAGCAGACGCAGCCGCGCAGCUUGAAUCCAAUCGAGAACGCCAACGCCAGUUGGAAGGCCGUUGUGGAGGAAACCCGGAACUGCUGUCUUCAAAGGAUAGACGGGAGCUGGAUUCCCUUUCUCGAGAGGAAAGAACUCUGAUUAGACGGCAGCGACUGGCGGAUGAAACUUCCGGAACUAGCCGGAGUUGGCUUGUGAACUCAUGCCUGAAAAUAAAGACGUGCCUUCGCCCCUUCCAGCUUCUAGGUGGCAUCACGUUGUUCUUGACGUCCUUGGUAAUAUGGGUGUCCAUGCUUCUGACGGCGACUGAUAAGGCCAAAAACUCAUUUUGCAAACACCAUUGUGGCUAUAUUCUCGCCAACAUCAAGAUCUUCAACCCCAUCAACUGGAUUUUGGUCCGAGCUGCAAAAGUGUUUCCCGUCGACUAUGCUCUUUUCACCACCCUUGUAUUGUUUCUAUUUUACAGCUCGGUCGUUGGUAUAUCUGCCGUUGGGAUUCGGUUUCUUUGGAUCAGGAUAUUCCAAAUCCGGAAGGGCCAUACUUCCCCACAGGCCCUUCUUUUGACAACGGUUAUGCUGAUGUUGAUCAUCCUGGCCUUGAACUACUCCAUACCCAUGACUGUUGCGCCUCAAUACGCCACGUUUGGACCGCAAACAUUCUGUGAUCGCAACCAAAACGCAUUGGAUGAACAGCCAGACUGCACAAAUGCUAAACACCUGGUCAAGCCAUGUUCUGAAUUCUCACAAAACAAGGGCGCAAAGCAGGUCUGCACACCGAGUGUUGCAAGCACAAUCCUCAACCGUGUAACACUUAAUUUCCCCUUCUUUGGCGCAAUACUGUUCUGGGCCCAAUUUCUCUUCCUUGGCAUUUACCUGGUUGUUCUAGUCGCCUGUCUUUUACGGUCUCCGAGAUUGGAUGAGCAACAACUUGACGAGGAUGCCGAAGAAGCCGAGGAAGAAAGCUUACUGGCGAGCACUGGUCGACACUUUGGUACAACCAGGUGAAAUAUCAUCGUUCUCAAGUCCCUUGCUCUCCCAUUCCAGUGGGACAAGUGAGUGGUUCAAUCUAAUACAUGAAUAAAUACCAUUAGGUGGGUGACAUGACAGGUCUUCACCCCGCUCUUUUAGCCAAGUCACGAUCAUCAUGACUGAGCCUUGGAAUGCUGUGCAAAAUCCGAAUCGGAAAGCAGAUGGUUUUGCUUGGGUCUAACACUUUUUUUUUUUUUUUAUGUGGACUGCAGCCGGGGCAGUACUUCGGUUUCCUCGUAAUUGGGUUUAAGGCUUCAUCCGAUCAUUCAAUAAGGCAAGGGCGCUUUCAAACGCCUUGACGACAUCCAGAU